UCAUUUCUCCGAUCAAAUAAGUGGAAUGUUAAUCCAGAUGAAUUGGCAAACCAUGUAAAUGAAACAAUACUUCCGAAUCUUUGUUUCGAUCCAUCACCAACAAUAUGCAUAAGAACAGCCAAAAACUGGCUAAAAAUAUUUGGGUUUGAGUACUCAGAAGUUAGAAAAGGAAUGUAUAUGGAUGGGCACGAGCGUGCGGAUGUAGUGGCUUAUUGUGAAAGAUUUUUGGAAAGAAUGGCGGAAUUCGAAGCAUGUAUGGUGGUUUUUUCUGGUGAAAACAUGGAAGAAGAAACUAGACCAGAUUCUAAUGAUAUUAUCAUUUUGGUAACACACGAUGAGUGUAUUUUUUCAGCUUACGAUGGAAGACGUUGGUUGUGGUUGCCAAAAGGGGAGCAACCACUUCGCAAAAAAGGCCAAGGGCGGUCAGUUCAUAUAAGUGAAUUUCUCACAGAUAUUGGUGGGCGUUUAGCAUUACAUAAUAUUCCGCAAGAUAUGUGCUUUCCUGAAGAUUAUGAAGAUUCUGAUCUGUGUGGUAAACCGAAAGGUCUGAGGCAGGUAUUGAGUGAGAGAGGAUUGUGGCGUGAUGGAAUGAAAUUGAAAUGUAAAGGGGGGUGUGAACAAGGAGUAACUGACUGCUGCGCUAGAACAACAAUGGCGAACCAACCAGAUUUUAGAGCACAACGUGGAAAAAUUGAAGAAAUGAUUAUUUCCGCAGGUCAUGAA